ACUAGCUGACGCGGCUAACGCCACUUCAUCAAUGGCCCAGCUCUUGAUUAAUUCGCUAGGCAGGCCCGUGUGCCUCUUUCGCUCUCCCUAUAUAUAAGCCUCCAUCACUUCACAUGUAAAGAAAGUAUUGUUGCAUCAUUCUUUCACUUGCCUCUUGCAGCAAAUUAUAGUAUUAUUUGAAUCAGAGGAAUUACAGCAUCUCACAGAAAGAGGAGAAGGAGAAGAAACUGUUAGCGGUGGCCUGAUUUGGAGAGGAUCCGAGAGGGUACGUAACAUAUAUCAUUCGAUUAAUGAUGGGGCUGAGGGAGAUGGAUUCGGCGCUGCCACCGGGUUUCCGGUUCUACCCGAGCGACGAGGAGCUGGUGUGCUUCUACCUGCGCAAGAAGGUGGCCAACGAGAGGGUCGCCUCAGGGACCUUGGUCGAGGUCGACCUCCAUGCCCGCGAGCCGUGGGAGCUUCCCGAUGUAGCUAAGCUCACUGCCGAGGAAUGGUACUUCUUCAGCUUUCGGGACAGGAAGUAUGCCACGGGUUCGCGAACGAAUCGUGCGACCAAGACGGGUUACUGGAAAGCGACGGGCAAGGACCGGAUGGUCCAUGAGCCGGGCACGCAUGCAUUGGUUGGCAUGAGGAAGACGCUGGUAUUCUACCGCGGCCGUGCUCCCAACGGGCAGAAGACCGGCUGGGUCAUGCAUGAAUUUCGCCUCGAAACACCUAACACGCCAUCAAAGGAGGACUGGGUGCUAAGCAGGGUGUUCAACAAGAGGAAACCGUCAGAAGCUGAGCAAGGCAGCAGCAGUUGCCACAACCAUGCCGCCAUUGCCGCUGGCGCUGGUCCCUCCUCACUGCCGCCUCUCCUCGACUCGCCGUUCGACCCGACGGCGGACAAGUUCUACCAGCGCCAAGCAGCGACGAGCAGCCAUUGCGGCAGCUCCGGCGCCCUGCUGAUGAACCAGCUGGCAAUGCUGCAGCAGGACGGCUUCUUGGAGUACUGCUUCCCCUUGGUGCGUGAUGACGUGGCGGAAGGGGCCCACAGCGCCGGCUGCACCAGCGGCAGCGAUGCGAUGGUCAUGGCGCCGGAGCCGGCGCUGGGGCACGUGGGGUUUGAGGAGCACGGCAUGGGGGAGAUAGAGAUGGAGUACUCGCAGGCGCAGGGUGGCUACUGCUACAGGGACAUGCUCUACUUCUAGCAGGUAGCACCACGGCCCACAUGGGGCUCAUUGGGUGUGUACGUAUUUACGUCUGGAUAGUCAUGUACUCAUGUGGGCAUGGUAUAGAGUCUAGAGGGGUGUGAUAGUUUGGGUUAACUAGAGUGUACUUUAGUGUGAUUUGCGAAUAUAUGUAUGUAUAUCAGUAAUUAGUUUA